GGCUAUUUCCGCCGGAAGCGGCGGCGGCGCGGAGCGGCUGCGCUCCCGGUUCCUCCCCGGUUCCGCUCUCGGCCCCCCCGGGAUCCCCCGGGACCCCCAAACAUGUCCUACAACUACGUGGUGACGGCGCAGAAGCCGACGGCCGUCAAUGGCUGCGUCACCGGCCACUUCACCUCCUCCGAGGACCUGAACCUGCUGAUCGCCAAGAACACGCGGCUGGAGAUCUACGUGGUCACGGCCGAGGGGCUGCGGCCCGUCAAGGAGGUGGGGAUGUACGGCAAGACCGCCGUCAUGGAGCUCUUCCGCCCCAAGGGGGAGAGCAAGGACCUGCUGUUCAUCCUGACGGCCAAGUACAACGCCUGCAUCCUGGAGUACAAGCAGAGCGGAGACAGCAUCGACAUCAUCACCCGCGCCCACGGCAACGUGCAGGAUCGCAUCGGCCGCCCCUCCGAGACCGGGAUCAUCGGGAUCAUCGAUCCCGAGUGCCGGAUGAUCGGGCUCCGGCUCUACGACGGCCUCUUCAAGGUCAUUCCCUUGGACAGGGAGAACAAGGAAUUGAAAGCCUUCAACAUCCGCCUGGAAGAGCUCCAGGUCAUCGACGUCAAAUUCCUCUACGGAUGCCAAGCUCCCACCAUCUGCUUCGUCUACCAGGACCCCCAGGGCCGGCACGUGAAGACGUACGAGGUGUCCCUGCGGGAGAAGGAAUUCAACAAAGGCCCUUGGAAGCAGGAAAACGUGGAGGCCGAAGCCUCCAUGGUCAUUGCAGUUCCGGAGCCCUUCGGAGGCGCGAUCAUCAUCGGCCAGGAAUCCAUCACCUACCACAACGGGGACAAAUACCUGGCUAUUGCUCCUCCCAUCAUCAAGCAAAGUACCAUCGUGUGCCACAACCGCGUGGAUCCCAACGGCUCCCGGUAUUUGCUGGGAGACAUGGAAGGAAGGCUCUUCAUGCUGCUCCUGGAAAAGGAAGAGCAGAUGGAUGGCACUGUCACCUUGAAGGACCUGCGUGUGGAGCUGCUGGGAGAGACAUCCAUAGCGGAGUGCCUGACCUACCUGGAUAACGGAGUGGUGUUUGUUGGAUCCAGGCUUGGAGAUUCCCAGCUGGUGAAGCUCAACGUGGACAGCAACGAGCAGGGAUCCUACGUGGUGGCCAUGGAGACCUUCACCAACCUCGGGCCCAUCGUGGACAUGUGUGUGGUGGACCUGGAGAGACAAGGGCAGGGACAGCUGGUCACCUGCUCCGGCGCCUUCAAAGAGGGAUCCCUGCGGAUCAUCCGGAACGGCAUCGGGAUCCACGAGCACGCCAGCAUCGACCUGCCGGGAAUUAAAGGCUUGUGGCCGCUGCGGUCGGAUCCGCACCGGGAGACGGACAACACCUUGGUGCUCUCCUUUGUUGGCCAGACCAGAGUUCUGAUGUUAAACGGGGAGGAGGUGGAAGAGACGGAGCUCACGGGGUUUGUGGAUGACCAGCAGACGUUUUUCUGCGGGAAUGUGGCGCAUCAGCAGCUGAUCCAGAUCACCUCCGCCUCCGUGCGCCUGGUGAGCCAGGAGCCCAAAUGCCUGGUGAGCGAGUGGAAGGAGCCCAACGGGAAGAACAUCAGCGUCGCCUCCUGCAACACCAACCAGGUGGUGGUGGCCGUGGGAAGAGCCCUGUUCUACCUGGAAAUCCGGCCCCAGGAGCUCCGGCAGAUCAGCUGCACGGAGAUGGAGCACGAGGUGGCCUGCCUGGACAUCACUCCCCUGGGAGACUCCAACGGGAUGUCCCCGCUCUGCGCCAUCGGGCUCUGGACCGACAUCUCCGCCCGCAUCCUGAAGCUCCCGUCCUUCGAGCUGCUGCACAAGGAGAUGCUGGGAGGAGAGAUUAUCCCGCGCUCCAUCCUCAUGACGACGUUUGAGAGCAGCCACUACCUCCUGUGCGCCCUGGGGGACGGAGCCCUCUUCUACUUCGGGCUCAGCCUGGAGACAGGCUCGCUGAGCGACCGGAAGAAGGUGACCCUGGGCACGCAGCCCACGGUCCUGAGGACGUUCCGCUCCUUGUCCACCACCAACGUCUUCGCCUGCUCCGACCGCCCCACCGUCAUCUACAGCAGCAACCACAAGCUGGUCUUCUCCAACGUCAACCUCAAGGAGGUCAACUACAUGUGCCCCCUCAAUUCCGACGGGUAUCCCGACAGUUUGGCGUUGGCCAACAACAGCACCCUGACCAUCGGGACCAUCGACGAGAUCCAGAAGCUCCACAUCCGCACUGUUCCUCUCUACGAGUCGCCCAGCUGUGGAGGGAUUCCUCCUUCCAAGAACGGGCUGGUGGGAUCUCUCCAUGGGGGAGCAGGGAAUGUGUCCCUUUACUCAUUCCUUACUCCACCUUCACUUCCAUCCGUUCUCCUGCUCCCUGCUUGCCUCGGGCUGUGUGGAUAUGCCGAGCAGUACCGGGAUCUGACAGGUUUUCCCGUUUUCCAGGCCUUAUCCAGCAGCGUGAGCACCUCCAAGCUGUUUUCCAGCAGCACCGCUCCGCACGAAACGUCCUUCGGAGAGGAGGUGGAAGUUCACAACCUGCUCAUCAUAGACCAGCACACCUUCGAAGUGCUCCACGCUCACCAAUUCCUGCAGAACGAGUACGCCCUGAGCCUGGUGUCCUGUAAGCUGGGAAAGGAUCCCAACACCUACUUCAUUGUGGGCACUGCCAUGGUGUAUCCCGAGGAAGCCGAGCCCAAGCAGGGCCGGAUCGUCGUCUUCCACUACUCCGAUGGGAAGCUGCAGAGCCUGGCCGAGAAGGAGGUCAAGGGAGCCGUGUAUUCCAUGGUGGAGUUCAACGGGAAGCUCUUGGCCAGCAUCAACAGCACGGUGCGGCUGUACGAGUGGACGGCGGAGAAGGAGCUGCGCACGGAGUGCAACCACUACAACAACAUCAUGGCCCUCUACCUGAAGACCAAGGGGGACUUCAUCCUGGUGGGAGACCUGAUGCGCUCCGUGCUGCUCCUGGCGUACAAACCCAUGGAAGGGAACUUCGAGGAGAUUGCCCGGGAUUUCAAUCCCAACUGGAUGAGUGCCGUGGAGAUCCUGGAUGACGACAAUUUCCUGGGAGCAGAGAACGCCUUCAACCUGUUUGUGUGCCAGAAGGACAGCGCGGCCACGACGGACGAGGAGCGGCAGCACCUGCAGGAAGUGGGAUUGUCCCACCUCGGGGAAUUCGUCAACGUCUUCUGCCACGGAUCCCUGGUCAUGCAAAACCUGGGAGAGACUUCCACGCCCACCCAGGGCUCCGUCCUCUUCGGCACCGUCAACGGGAUGAUCGGGCUGGUGACAUCGCUGUCGGAGAGUUGGUACAACCUGCUCCUGGACAUGCAGAACAGGCUCAACAAAGUCAUCAAGAGCGUGGGGAAGAUCGAGCAUUCCUUCUGGAGGUCGUUCCACACGGAGCGGAAGACGGAGCCGGCCACGGGAUUCAUCGACGGGGACCUGAUCGAGAGUUUCCUGGAUAUCAGCAGGCCCAAGAUGCAGGAAGUGGUGGCAAACCUGCAGAUCGACGACGGCAGCGGGAUGAAGCGGGAAGCCACUGUGGACGACCUGAUCAAGAUCGUGGAGGAGCUCACCCGGAUCCAUUAGCAGGAUUCGGGAUCAUUCCCUCCCCCCCGGAGCCGGGGAAUCCUUCCCCAGCCGUGCCCAACACCGGAGGGGCCGGAAUCUCCCAAGGAAGAGCAGCUUGUUAGGAAUUUGGGGGGGGUGUCGAUCGCUUCCCGCUGGGAUUCAUGGAUCCUGUGGACUCGGCUGUGCCCGGAACUGUCCCUUCCCUUGGGUGAUCCACUGGGAUGCCAUUCCCUCUUCCCUGGUGUCUUUGGUAGAUUUGACUCAUUUUUUUGGCUUUUGAUCCCUUUUUUUUUUUCUUUUUUUGGAUUCCUUGUGUUUUAUUGAGGAAGAGGAGUCGAAGCUGGAGGAGCAGCCGAGCGGGAUAACUCUCCACAGGAUCCAUUCCUCGCUCAGGGAGGGAAUUCUGGGAAGCUCAAGCUCUUGUUGAUUGCGGAGUUUUACCAAAUAAAGUAGUCCAAGAGGA